CUCUUCUUCAUCCACCAUCAUUCCCAAAUAAUGUUAAAUAGCUUGACAACAACACCUCUUUCUCAUUCAUUACUCUUCCAUAGCACUGCCUUUCAUAUUUUUUGUGAUUUUCACAUUAGGAAGCAAGUAAAUGCACUGCAAAUAUGACCACAUUUUCAAAAGGGGACCCCUGUACAUUUGUGUGUAUAUAUAUAGCCAUGCCGAGUCUCGACCAUCUCAACAUAGAGAGUGGGACUGAAUAGCCUCUUUAGCAAACCCACUUAACAGCACUUCUAAACACACAGUGAAAGAAAAAGUGGGAGAGAAGAGGAUGGCACAAGACAGAAACAUGACCUUGGUAUGCCUCAUCAUGGCUUCAUUGGCUAUCACGGCAGCAACAGCAGCGACAUUGCAGGACGCCGAGACCGAGUGUGCACAGCACCUCACGGAUCUCGCAGCUUGCAUUCCAUAUGUGAGCGGCACUGCCAAGAAGCCGACGCCCGAGUGCUGCCAGGACGCCAAGAAGCUGAAGGAAACCGAACCGAAAUGCCUGUGCGUUCUCAUCAAAGAGAGCACUGACCCUUCCAUGGGUCUUCCUAUCAACACCACUCUCGCCCUUGAAAUGCCCUCUGCGUGCAACAUUGAUGCCAAAGUCUCCAACUGCCCGACUCUCUUGAACAUCUCUCCCGACUCGCCAGAUGCAAAGAUCUUCAAACAAGCAGGAGAUUCAGAUUCUUCUUCCACUGGCAGUUCAAGCUCCACAAAAGAUUCCCCAGUGAGUUCUACAACUACGUCGCCUUCUUCUACUUCCACUGAUUCCAGCUCGAAAGACUCGAAGGCUUCUCCUGCUACCAGCAGUAAUGACGGCCAAAAGAUGAAGGUGAUGAUUGGAGGGUGGAUGUUGAUGGCUCUUGCAGCUUCGAUGCUCUUCUAAAGCUGAAACAGCAGUCAACUACGGCUCUUUCAUGAGUUAGUAGCAUCAAGGACUUGGUAUUAGAAUGAAGCAGAUGAAGCAUUGUCCUUCUGAUCUAUCGUAGCUUUGUUGCAUUUGAUCUAUCAAAAUAAUACCAAAAUAAUCCCGUGCAUUUUCUCCUACCUUGAUAAGCAAUAUCAUUAUGAAGAACUACUUCCCUAUCUACAAGGAACAAAUCUAGAUUACUGCAGAAUCUCUAACUUGCUUCAGCAGUAUGAGUUGGUUCCCCUAACUAACAAUUUACAGUGAGUGAGUCUAUAGAAGUUAGCAAAGAAUCCAUAUAUGUGCAACUCUAAGGGCAGGUAUUCUUGCCUCUCGGCAUGUUCACUGAACUGAGCUUGGAGCUGAAGGUGGAACGGCUAUGGCCCUAACAACCAUACAUUUGCA